AUGCCUAUCCCUGAGUGCGACCGCGACAAGACCGCAUUUUCGUGUCACUCAAGUCUGUAUCGCUUCUCAAGAAUGCCCUUCGGACUAACCAACGCGCCAGCGACGUUCCAGAGAGCAAUGGAUAUCCUACUCUCUCCGUUCCGUUCGAAAUGCUGUUUGGUGUAUCUGGAUGAGAUAAUAAAUUUUAGCAAGGGCUUCUUGGGACUUUGUAAUGUCUACCGCAGAUUCGUUCCGCAUUAUGCGAAAAUUGCGCAUCCUCUAAACCAACUACUGAAGAAAGGACAACCGGUCGACUUGGAAGGAUUCGACGAACCAUGCGAAAAAGCUUUUCAUAAGCUCAAGGACGCCAUCUUGGCGCCACCGUUGUUGGCGCUGCCGAAGAAGAACCUACCAUACUCGGUAUACACCGACGCAAGCGACUAUCAAAUCGGCGCUGCAUUAUUUCAAACCGGCGCUGCAUUAUUUCAAACGCAUCCGGAUGCGCAACGUAAACCCAUCCGGUUAUUUUCAAGAACGUUAGCCGCAGCCGAGAGAAACUAUUCUGUAUCAAAAAAAGAAUGUCUAGCAGUAAUUUGGGCCGUACAGACUUUAAGACCAUAUCCAUAUGGCGAGCACUUCAUUGUGCAUACCGACCAUGCCUCAUUGAGGUGGUUGAUGAACGUAAAAGACCCCAGCGGGAGAUUAAUCCCAUGGAGGCUCCGCCUCUCGGAAUUUGAUUUCGAAAUCAAGUACAAGAGGGGCAAGGCGAAUAGUCAAGCUGAUGCCCUGUCAAGAUUACGGACCGCUGGAGAAACCGUCCACGAAAUCGACGACGAAAUUCCAUGCUUUAUGUCCGAACGGCCGACGGUACAGUGGAGGACGAGGAAAAUUUUGACGCGAACUCUAUGCCGUACCGCGGCGGAGUUUGUACAAGUGGUGAUACCACAAUCGUUAAGGGAUGGCGUCCUAGGGUUGAGCCACUACGCAAAAUUGGCAGGCCACCCGGGAGGCAGGGAACUUUACAAGACAUUGAGAAGAUAUUUUUACUGGCCUACGAUGGCCCUAGACUGCUAUGCAGUCGCGAAGAAUUGCGCCGCAUGCGCGCGGGAGAGGGUGAAGUUAAGAAGAAACACGAAGGAAAUGAAGCUGUUCACGCCCAAAGCUCCGCUGGAGUUUGUCGCCAUCGACAUCCUCGGCGAGCUAAUUACAACUAAACGAGGAAAUCGAUAUCAGCUGCACAUCGCACAAGUCUUCGUUCACCAUUGGGUAUUCGUGUACGGACCGCCGGUCAAGGUGCUGUCCGACAAUGGAACACAGUUCACGGCCCGGUUCUUUCAGAAUGUCUACCGAAUUCUCGGCAUACGUAAUGUGUUCACGACUACGUACCACCUGCAAGCCAACGGCCAAGUUGAGAGGUUUAACCGCACGCUGACUUCCGCGUUGCCAAAAUAUGUUGGAGAGCAUCCCAAGGACCGGGAACUAUUUAGCGACGCUGUGACGUUCGCAUACAACACGCAAGUUCAUCGAACUACGAACAUCGCGCCUUUCAAGCUGGUGUUAGCUCGGGCGCCGAGAAGCAUUGCGUUACAAGCACAGCCAAGUUUAGAAGGAUUUAGCUCGAAUCGAGCGUACUACCUGAAAUGGCAGUCGUGGUUGGAAAGCCUGAUGAAAGGCGCUGGUAAGAGCUUGCGGAAAGAACAAGCGCGCUACAAGCGAAAUUUCGACGCAAGGCUCCGCAAGUCGAAGUAUGACAUCCCUUCAAGAUCAUACGUAUUCCUUCCGAAAGAGCAAGGCACGGCCACCGAUCCGAAACAUAAGUUGGCUCAAGUCGCUACGGGACCCUACGCAGUGAAGAGGUCUGAUCAAGGUACUGUCGUCAUUGCCAUCGGCGACCAAGAAGAUGGUGUUUCGCGAGACGGGGUAGAACUAGCCCCGUGUCCGAUGGACUACGCGCCGGUCACCGGCUUAACACAAGCGCUACGGUUCCUUGAUGGGACAGAUGGAGACGAAGGACAGAAUGUUUUCGAAAAUGGGGGUAGCCUCCAUGUACACACUCCUCCGCGAGAGGAUCCUGAAGAUCUAGUUACCGAGUUACCGUCAGCGGAUACUCCGCAAGACUCACGCGAGUCAAAAAACCCGGCAGAAGUGGACGAGUUUGAAGAUCUUCAGAAGGGGGAAGGAAUUGUCACUGAACACGAACACGACUGCGUAGCGGUCUAG